GUCGAUCGUUGAUAACCUGGCGGGCAAACAACAGCAGCCGACAGUUUUCGUUGAUCUACCAGCGCGUGAGUGUUUAAAUCGAUGCAUGCGAUUCAAGAGUCCGCUGGUGGUCCGUCGUACACAUCGUACAUACCCUGCGUGACCUUUGCCCCCGGCCAGAAUGCUUCCACAAUGGAAGAGCAACGAAUUGGACCCCUAGUGGCCCAGCGGACGGCCCAAAGGCGAAUCUUCUACGGCAUCGAGGUGACGGCCAGCGAACCAGGAGGCAAACCCACCUGCCUGGACUUCAACCAAUUCCUACCGCUGCUGCCCACUUUCGUGAGCGUUGUGUGGCUGGGCCAGCGGUACUGGGAUGUGGAGCCCGUCGGCCAGGUGGAGAGCCUUCAGCUGGCCAAGCACCUGGCCACCCACAUUCCCGUGCUGCCCCACCUGUCCGCCUAUCGACUGCAAAGGAAGCGACUCGACCAGUUCCUGGCCCUCAACUUCAGCAGCCUGCUGGCCGUUCGCGGGGAUCAGGUGCACGAGGGCCAGGAGUUCCGAAUUGCUCAACCCAUGGUCGAGCAAUCGCGGCGCCAGCGGGGUGAAAGAAUUUCAAUCUGCGUUCCUGGAUACCCCGAAGGUUACACUAGCUUGGGCGACGUGCCUCCGGAUUCAGCUAGGAAUAUUAAAUUCCUAAAAGCAAAAGUAGCGGCUGGAGCGGAUUGCAUUAUUACCCAGAUAUGUUACCGUCCCGAGGCCAUUGUGCAGUUUGUGAGGGAUUGCAGGGCCGCUGGGAUCACUGUUCCAAUUGUGGUGGGUCUGAUGACCCACGAAACCUUCCGCACAUACUCCACAAUAGAGCGCAUUGUGGGUGUCCAUCUGCCGAACGAGUUGCGAGAGGAGCUCAAUCAGCUGCGGAGUCAUCACAACUCAACUACGAAAUCUGAGCCGAAUCGGAUUAGCCGGUAUUUUGUGAGCCUGACUGUCCGAAUUAUUCGCCAUAUCCUGGAUGCAAAUGUGGGUAUUUGGGGCUUCCACUUCUUCACACUUAAUCAUUUCAAACCUGUCAAAGCGGUGCUUCAAGAACUUCGGGAACUGGAUCUACUUUAGGUUUCUGAUCUGGAGGGAAAACUAACUGAAGCAUAGAAUAAUUACAAAUUUUAGUUUCAUCAUCAAUGCACUGAAAAAUGUAGAACUUUUUUUAUUGUAUUAUAAUUCCUUUAUCCUUUUGAUGCAUAUUAAAGUCCUAAUUCCCAAA